CUAGGCUGAGUAUCAUGGACGUUCUUUUCCCUUUCCCGAAUAACAUGAACAAGAGUGUUCUGCCUGUCCUACCCACGCUGACUCAGGAAGAUGUUUCUACCAUCUGGGAAGUUGUAUCAGAUUUUAUCCAACAGCAGUAUUCACUCUCGAAGGGAGUUCAAAUUCCAGAUCUUGGAAUAUUUACUUUUGUAAGACAACGACUGGAAAUAGGAAACAACAAAUUUAUCAUAGCGAAGAGGCCCAUGUUUUUUCUAUCGGAGAAACUAAUACAAAAACAUGGGCUCAAUCAGAACAAAGUCUAUGUUCCUGGUGACAUCCCAGUUGUCCCACUAAACUUUGUUACAAUAACGCUGCAGAGCCCUUUCAACAAAGAUGUGGUAGAAGGCUGCAUAAAAGAGACACUGCAACUGUUAUCACGAUCUAUCUCUAUGCAAAGACACGUCGAGUUCACUUUUAAGGGGAUUGGUGUCCUUGCCAUUAAAGAUGACAAAGUGAAGAUGAAAUUUUUUAAAGACUUCCUUCAUGGUGUAGAUGGCAGCGGAGCUUUGGUGUAUACCCUAGCAAAUAGGCCUUACACGGCAGACUCGGUAAUUUCCAUCACAGAGACUGAUAAGAUGCGUCCCAUCAGCGUCCUUUCCUUUCCAAGGACUGAUAUGAAGGAGAGUGAGAAAAAAUUACCAAUGGAAACUAUUACUGAAGAAGGUGAACAGAGUAAGCCAAGAACAGCACUAAUAAAAGAAAAGUCAGGCAAAAAUCAUGACAGAGCCAUGUUCUCACUAAAGCAAGCUCCAGAAAAAGUUACGCCCACUGCCAAAGAUACCAUCUUAUCUAAGGCAGAGCAGAAAGAAUCUGAGGCAAAGGAAGUAAAAAAAGGAAGGGCCAUUGCACAAAGAGAGAAAUUUCUGAAGGAUAGGAUAGAAGAGAGAAUCUCUUAUAAAAGACAAUUGGAUAUGCAGGUUAAGAAUAAUAAACCUUUCCGGCUGCCUGCCUGGGUGGCAGACUCUGAAGAGCCCAUUUUUGGUAAGGAUGAUGGUUAUGCACUGAUGAUAAGUCACCAGAAAGAACUGGAAUGCCGGAAGCACCAGUUGAAAAGAGCUGCUUCCAGCCAGAGGAAGAGAGUCAUAAAAGGAAUGAUGGACCAACAUCGGGAUAUACAAGCCCUUCAGAAUAUUAGGAAAGAGCUCUUGGAAGAAAGAAGUGUUGAAGCUGACAGAGUGAAAAGCAUCAAUGAAGACUUGCUAGACCACUGGGGAAAGUGUGUCCAGGAGAAGAGGCAGCGUGAGGAAGAAGCAAAGGCUUUUGACAGCGCGACCGACAGGCUCUUCCUCCUGGACCAGUGCGAGAGGUUCCAGCGUUGCCAGCGCUGCCAGCGCAGCCUCGCCAACGACGGCAAGACGCACAUGUGGCCCGCCAACAAGUUCCUGACGGGCUCCCGCGUGUACAUGUAG